CUUCCCUCCAUCAUCCUGUCCUUCAUACGCAAGCUGCACUGCAUCGUCCACCCCAUCGAUAUAUUCCAUGUCGACCUCUGCUCCCCGUACUGCGCUCGCCCCUCACGAUGACUCGCCCAGCACGACACAGGCCCUCCCCAGCCCAACCGCGCCUCCCCAGGAACAGCAGCGACAGGACGGUUUCCCGCCCCAGAUGCUGACUUUCCCGCGCCAGAACUGGAGCAGCGUCGUCUUCGCAUGGCCAGUGUUUUACCCCGGCGAGGACGGUCUUAAGGUCAACUACGCAGCGCGUGCCUGCAGCCGUCGGUGGAUGGGUGCCCUCCACGAUGCCGACUUGGGCUCCCUCGGCGUCGGCGAUUUUGCACUCGCCGUUUUCGACAAGACCGAUGAAAUGAACUCGUACCUCCGCGUGAUGCGAGCGCAGCUUGGCGUCACGUAUCCCGAUCCCGACACCUGGCUCCGCCUUCUGGAACACGUCAUCCGCUACGCCCACAGCCUUUGCCACGCCGUCGUAUCGGAUGUCUUCCCCGACUCGCCACUGCUCCCGGCGUUUGCGAAUGUGCGCACUGUUCUUCCCUUUGUUCGCAGCGCGAUGGGUAGCGUGUGGCAGCUUGGCGCAGACAGCUACGACUAUGCUAGCGGUCCCCGCCUCCCGCGCCGUUCGACUUACAACCACGCCUGGGUCGACCCAUACAUCCCCGACCCCGCGACGGUUCCACCACGGCCGUUCACCCGCGCCAACGACGACCCGAAAGCGCCGGCUGACAUCAUUUGGAUCGACCACAAGGGCAACAUCGUCCCGCAGCCCAAGGGCAUCGACAUUGAGAUGCAUGGUGAAACAGGCGCCGAGCCGCCGUCGGCCGCCAGCUCCAGUCCGUCGGCGUACGAGCCGUCGACUCCCGAGCUCUCCGGCCCGCCAUCGUCCGGCUCGUCUUCAUCCAACUGGUCCCCGCACAGCUUGCCCUCGUCCGGUUCGUCCUUGCCCGGCUCGCCGACCGCCCUAGCAGCAGAGCAGCCACUCAAGUCCCACUGUACCACCCAAUUUCCGUCUCCUCUCCGUACCAGCCUCCGCUCGCCUUCACGCCCCGAGACCAACGACCCAUAACCACAAGGCAAGAUGACAGACUCGUGUUUACACUUCCAGAUCACAGACAAAGAACCUACGUGCCACCAGAAUGUCUGUCCAGCCACUCCGCCUGUGAACACAUCUCCAUGCGUGCAGCACCCCAAAGAGCACCGCCUCUGGAGGUCCAGCAGGGAGGAGAGUGCAUUGUGGUGGCCGUCUUGUGUUCUGUGAGCGCGGGGAGCCGCUUGUCUAGCUCUCGACAGUCAAUGUACCGGUAGAUCGAGGGCCGUCUUCACGGCCACGGUCGUUUACAGUCCCUUCCUCUCGGGCACGGCGUACUUUCCGCAAUAUCCUGAGCAAAGUCCAUGUCAUCCAAUGUCGUGCAGAGUUCUUCGGGUGCCUGCAAUGCAAAUGUACUUCAAC